AUGAAUGAGAAAACUUAGGACUUAUAAUUAGAAUAAGAGGAAUAAUUAGACUCUUUUAGUGAUACUUUAGACACUGAGGUUCUAAUUCAAAAAUAGGAUCGAGCAAGUGAAAAUCUUGAAUAAUUCCUUAAAAUACAGAUUCAAGAUGUGACAGGGGAGACCUAGUAUUACAAGCAUGUAUUCUCAGGGAUAAAUUUCUUUGAGCAUGUUUCUAAUUUUCAUGAAGAUAUGAGAAAAAUGGACAACAAAGAUUUUGGAAUCAGUCUUAGGGAUGAUGUAUGGUCAUCUAAUUGGCUAAACAGCCUGCAGAAAAAGUUAAAAACUAUCAGAGAUAAUAGAAGAAUACAGUCUAAGGAUGAAUAACGAAUUGAUUCUAAAAAGAAGAGGACCUUAGUCUAGAGAGCUUUGAAAUCUUAUUCUGAAAACUUUAGGAAAUUUAACGAGAAAAAUCUAAUGAAAUCAUUAGCAGACACUAUAAGCUUUGAUCCAGCCAUAGAAUAUGCAAACCAAUUAACAUUAGCAUUUUAAAACAAAGAAAUUUCAAUCAAUAAGCUCGAUAUGAUUAAAAUGAUUCUUGAUAUUGAAAAAUCUCAAGCUCCUAGAUUAUAUGCUAGACUCGUGCUCUAUACUUCCUACGAGUUGCAAAGGUUAUCAGCUGAUUCGGAUAAUAUGAGCUUCAAAUUAAUUUCACUUGAAGCGAUUAUAAAAGCAGAAAAAAGCUGCUAUAUCAGAUUAGGUUAUAUAAAGAUCUUAGUUGAAGAAUUAAUUUAAAAAAUUGACAAAUUAGAUGUAACUUAAGUCCUUAGACUUGUAAAUCAAGGUUAGAAAUUAAGAUAUGGAAUACAGUAAGAGAUAAUGACAGCAGCUCUUCAAGUUGUUCAGACCCAUAUAAGUCAAAGUAGAGAAGAGGAUUUAGAUAGAUUGAUUUUAGAAUUCCUUUCAAGUUAAACAAGAUAUUUAAGACCUUUUAGUCUAAUUAAUUAAAGUUUUACAGAAAAGUGCAUGCAGAUAUUUAACAAAAAUUUUAAUACUGCUAAAAUAAACAAAAACUACAUCGGGUUCAAGAAAUAUGAUGUAUUUAAUAUAGCCGAUUUGAUAGAAUAUAUCUAUGAUAAUUAAGGUCAUGCUUACUUCAAAAAUGAAACUGGUAGAAAAUUCUUUCAAAAUCUUUCUGAGGCCUUAAUGGAUUUAUAAAAUAGUAUGGGUAUUGAUCUGAAUCACGAUAUCUAGAUUAGAUCAGCUAAAUUAUUAAUGAAUAAGGUUUUUGCAGAUACUUCGAAUAAUUAAAAUAUUGAGAUGUAGAAAAAUGUACAAAACUUAUUCUUGAAAUAUGUUAAAAGAGAUGCAACAAAACUAAGAUAUAUUGCUUAAGGACUAGAAAUGUAUGAUGCUUUAGGUAUUAUUAUUGAUGAGGAUAGGAAAUAAUUGUUGAUAAAAUUCAAAUAAUACUUACAAAAGCAAGAAAUUAAAAUAUCUGACAGUGUCUACGCCGCCUAACUGUAUCCAAUGAAAAUUAAAUCAAAAGCAUAUGAGCAUUUAAUAAAGGAAGUAUAUUAAAAUCAUCUUGAUGAAAAUUAACCUUUAAAAUUCGAAAAUGAGGUUGAAAUAACAUUAGCUCUAUUGCAUGAUAAAAAUUCUCCUGAAAUAUUGGCACUAAACUAAUAGCGACUUAGUAGAAUGAGUAAUGGGGAUAUGGAUUCAAGAGUUCUGAAUCAAUUUCUAGAUUUUUUCUAUCAGAAGAGAAAAAGAUACAUUAAUGAGCCAUUGCUGCAUAUAAGAGUAUUAGAGUUAAUAAGUAUAUAAAAAAAUGUAUCAAGAAUUUAAAAAGACAUCCUUGAAUUCUACUUCGAAUUCCUAAACUUCAACUAUAUUCCAGAAAAACUGAAAGACCAUUAAUAGAAGUAGCAGUUGAAAGAUUUAAUUAACAAAAUUGCAACCUUACAUCCUCAUAUCAGAUUGUAGCAUGUUUCUCCUUAGAAUUUAAAUAUCAAUAAAAUCUAAAAGGAUCAAGGAUAAAAUAAGCAAAACACUGUGAAAAGUAAUUUCAUAUUCUAAAAGAACAGAUAGAAAUUAGAAACAAACGAUCGCUAAAUAGCAUAAUGA